GUAUUUUCACAGAUGGAGCACAACAUUGUGGCUGGAUACUUAAUCACUGCAGGGGUAAUCAGCAUCGCGAGCAACAUUGUGGUCCUACUCAUGUUUGUCAAAUUCAAGGAGCUGUGCAAUGCGACGAACGCCAUCAUCAUCAACCUGGCUUUCACCGACAUCGGCGUCGCUAGCAUUGGCUACCCCAUGUCCGCUGCCUCAGACCUCCACGGCAGCUGGAAGUUUGGUUUCACUGGCUGCCAGGUCUAUGCAGCUUUGAACAUCUUCUUUGGCAUGGCCAGCAUCGGACUCCUCACAGUGGUGGCCAUCGACCGAUAUCUCACCAUCUGCAGAGCAGAUAUAGGACAGAAGAUGAACACAAGCUCCUAUACCUUAAUGAUAUUAGCUGCCUGGACCAACGCCCUCUUCUGGGCCUCCAUGCCCGUGGUGGGAUGGGCGAGCUACGCCCCAGAUCCCACCGGGGCCACCUGCACCAUCAACUGGAGGAACAAUGACUGGUCUUUUGUUUCCUACACCAUGGCCGUAGUACUUGUGAAUUUCCUCAUUCCCCUGUUGGCCAUGUUUUACUGUUACUACAAUGUUUCUACGUCCAUGAAGAGAUACAUUUCCAGCAACUGCCUGGAUGUCAUCAACCUUGACUGGUCUGACCAGAUAGACGUCACCAAGAUGUCCAUAGUGAUGAUUCUGAUGUUUCUUGUGGCCUGGUCACCAUACGCCAUUGUGUGCCUUUGGGCAUCCUUCGGCGACCCCAGAACAAUUCCCGCUACCAUGGCGAUCAUCGCACCUCUUUUUGCCAAAUCAUCCACCUUCUAUAACCCCUGCAUAUAUGUGAUUGCCAACAAAAAGUUCAGAAGGGCCAUUGCCGGGAUGCUACGUUGUCAGACACGGCAGCAGAUCACCAUCAACCACCAUGUUUCCAUGACCAUCUCCCAGCUGCCCCUUGCACAGUGAGACCCCCUGGGAGAUGGAGCUGGCCUGGUUGGAGCUCGGAAAGAUGACCAUCUGGAGCUGGUGAAUCUCACUUUGUCAUGAAGGUGGUAGCUUGUAUAAACCAGGUCUCUCUCAUUUAAAACCAAUAAAGCGAAAUGAAAUUGAUGUCAAACACUGAUGGCAGUUAAAUUGAUGGCAAACCAAAGCUCAACAAAACAAAGUUAAAUCAUAAUUAAAAAGUAAUCUGAAGCAACAAAAUACAAAGUAUUUGCUCUGUUCUGUCUGUUCUAUUUUACAGAGUGAAUACCCAUGUCCCGUUCAGUGUGAUAAUUCAGGCAUUA